UAAUGCAAUAAAUGAAUAAACAAACCACCGACAUUUCUUUUCACUGCUAUUCUAAACCGGAUCAGCGCCUUCGCGACGACUCGAACAAGAUUCUUCCUUGAGAUUAAACAUUAAUAAUUGAAUAUAAAAGACUAAGGCCACCGUUUAUAUUCGACAGCAACUUUUAUACACAACCUCCUAGACUACCGGCCUCUACACAACCAUGUCUUCAGAAAGCGUCCCGACAAGCUACUCAGCACCAAUCCACAUCGGCGUAAUAGGCGGCACCGGCCUCGACACACUUCCAGGCUUUCACAAAGCCGCCGUUCUAGACAUCGACACACCAUGGGGCAAGCCGAGCUCUGAUAUAACCGUUCUUGAACACCCAUCCCCAACAACAGGCAAACCCUUUCCCAUCGCUUUUCUGGCCCGACACGGCAUUCACCAUCAGCUCAACCCCACUGAAAUUCCCGUGCGCGCGAACAUUGCGGCCCUUCGAAAAUUGGGAGUCAGGUGUAUCAUUGCGUUCAGCGCCGCUGGGUCUUUGGCGGAGGAAGUCAAGCCGCGCGACUUUGUGGUUCCGGAUCAAGUGAUUGACCGGACGAAGGGUAUUAGACCAUUCACCUUCUUUGAAGGCGGGUUCGUUCUGCACAUGCCGUUUGCGGAUCCGUUUGAUAAUCGCGUGGGCGAUGUCGUGAGGAAGUGUGGCCACAGUCUUGAGGGCGAGGGGGUAGUGCUGCAUGAUAAAGGCACUGUGAUCGUUAUGGAGGGUCCGCAAUUCAGUACCCGAGCAGAGUCCAAUAUGUACCGCAGUUGGGGCGGCACCGUCAUCAACAUGUCGACUUUACCCGAGGCGAAACUGGCCGCCGAAGCAGAGAUCGCAUAUCAAGUCAUUCUAAUGAGCACGGAUUACGAUUGCUGGCACGACUCCGGUGACGUCUCGGUCGAGAUGGUCAUGGGUCAUAUGCGCGCCAACGCCCUAAACGCACGACGAUUCAUUGGCUCUGUACUCGACGAGCUGUCCAAGGAAGAACACUCGGAGCUAGUGCAGGCGAAACAUCUUGCUGGUGGACGAGAGUUCGGCAUCAGCACGUAUCCCGUCGGACGAAGUCCCGAGGCUGUCAAGAAACUGAAGUGGUUGUUUGAGGGGUACUUUGAGGAGUGAUUGCGAAGCUGCCAGACAUGUGAGUAUGACCAAAAGGCUCAACGUCAUGCGGGUAUAGAAAUAUAGAAAGAGACCAGGAUAUGAAA